AUGCCACUACUACCCUUAGAAUUGUGGAAACAGGUCGUUGACUCCUUCUCCGAUCGUUCCAACUUACGUUCCUUACUUUCAGUUAACAAAGUUUUCAACGAAUUCGCCGCUCACAAACUAUACAAUAGAGUUAUUAUUGGUCCAGGGUGUAAUUUCGACAAAUUUGCCAACACUAUUUUGAACUUGACCAACGAAGGAAACAGCACAAAGAACACAUUUCUAAAUUAUGCAUCUUUAGUUCAUACCAUCACUAUUAAUACUUCGUGUGAACCUUAUGAGUUUCCUUGGCAUCGUUUACCCUUGGUUUUAGCAGAAUGCAAAAAUGUUGACGGUUUAUUAAUUUGUCCUAGAGAACAGUAUGCCGAACGAAAUACUAUUGCUGUACUAGAAGUCAUGCGCUCGUUUACUUUAGUUACAAAAUAUCUUGCUAAAUCAAUUGGGAUAAUGAGUACACGUAAGAUACGUAGAUUAUGUUUAAGAUCACUUCGUUUCGUUUCAGAAUUUCAACGUCAUGGGUCUUGUUUUGUCGCGUCUUUGAGUCUUUUACGUGAUUUGAACAGUAUUGAGCUUUGGCACGAAAAUGGAAGACCGUUGGGUAGCGAGGGAAAGCACUGUAUCGUAGAUCUCAUCACACAAAACAACCUAAACGAUCUUCAUUUGGAUUCUUUUGUGACUGAUGAAUUAGAAUUCGAAAAUAUUGUCCAUAUUUUUGAGAAUUCGCCUGACCUUGAGUCAUUAACGUGGUGGGGCACAAAAUUUAGUCUAGAAGAGGAAGAAUUUUUGUACCGAUCCAUUUUUCAACAAUAUUGUCCGAAACUCACAAAUCUUACAAUCGAAGUAUCCGGGUUUCACGAAGGCGAAGAUUUCCUUUUGCUCUCUAAAUACUCGCAAGGUCUUAAGCAACUUCACACUCUUCAAGAGCUUGAUGGUGGUGCGUUGCCACUUUCCACAUUUAUGAAUUUUGUCACGAUGAACAAGUCAACGUUGAAAAAAAUCGAUGCGUGGGUUUCGCUGACUCCACCACCAUUUCAAAUACGUAGACGUCGAGGGUUCCGCAAUCCAGCUGUAGUAAAUGUUAUUAAUAUCCGCAUUAACAAUAAUUACGAAUCAGAUUUUGAAUCCUCAGAAAGUGAGGAAGAUGCCAAUGAUGAAGAUUUCGAUCAAUUACACACAUUUUAUCAUCCUGUUAAUACCAAUUCUUACGCGGAAUGGGUACAAUUGUUGAUUGAAAAAUUUCAAGAAACAAAUCGUGCUUGGAAUGAUCAUUAUGACGUUUCUAUUUCUUUGUCACACCCGCGCCUCGCGUCAUUGUUACAUAGCUGUAAAGAAAGUAUCGAACAGAAUUGGCAGUCAUUGGUAGAUGAACAUCUUGGCAAUCCAAUACGCGAAGUAUGCCAUCAUAAUCUCGAUGAGCUUAAGAUUUUCUUAACGUAUUGGUAA